AUGAAGACCUCCACCUCCUCCAUUAUGAUGAUGAUGCUGGCUGGCCUGGCUGUCAUCACCUUCGCCCACGAGCACGACGUGCGCGAUGCGGCCAUCCAUGCGCGACACCACCAUCGCGACUUUAAGGUCGCGGGGGACGCGCAGGCGACGCAUGGGCACCGCGGGUUCGAGAAGCGCCACCGCUCGCGCAAGGGCCACCCGUCCAAGCACGCUGGGGUCGCUGUCGCCUCUGCCCCCACAGCUGCCGUCGCAGACACGAUUGUCGACGGCGUCAUCCACGUCAAGUCGAACUGCGGGAAUAUCGGGGCCACUAAGGAAGUCACCGCGACGAGCGGACCCAACGGCAACAUCGACUGGUUGAACUGCGGCGUCAACAACGGCGGCUGGAAUCCGCCCUUCGUCACCGUUCAUGAUAUCGUCGCCAAGGAUCUCGCUGCUGCCGUCAAGACGUCGAACACCCCCUUCUCGGCUUGCUCUGCGUUCACCGCGAUGUUCGAGAAGUACGGCAAUGAGCACAGUAUCCCGCCUAUUAUGCUGGCUGCGUUCGCCAUGCAGGAGAGUUCGUGCAACGCCAACACGGUCGGUGGCGCGGGCGAGCAGGGCUUGAUGCAGUUGACGCAGGACAAGUGCGGCGGUGCCCCCGGCGGGAACUGCAGGGAUCCCGAAUUCAACAUCCGCAAGGGUGCCGAGUACUUCAAGGGUGUCCUCGAUGGCAACGGUGGUGACCUGCUGCUUUCCAUCGGUGCUUACAACGGCUGGCAGAGGGGCAUGACCUACGGGGAGGCGACCGCUGCGCGGUACUCCGGCAAUUGCCACUGGCAGAACAACCUUGACUACCUCCAUCAGUUCCUGAACGGCUGGGUCCAGAACAUCGAUGCCUACAGUCAUGUCCCGCGCCUCGGGAAGUACUUCAACCUUGAUGGUUGCAAUUGA